AUGAGGCGGCCAGCGAGGGGGCCGCGAGCAUCCCGGUGCAGAUUGGUGGGCGAGCCGUGGGCCAGCGGCGGGGCCGCUGCAGGCAGCAGCCGCCGCGUCGAAGGAGGGGGCACCGCCGACGACGGAGCGGUGGCGGCGCCGGAGGACCGGGGGAAGCGCCCCCGGCCGCCCACGGGCGCCGCCGAGGUUGAAGGAGCGCCGGGGCCAGCGCCAGCACCCGAGCCAAGCCGGCCGGUGAAGCCGAAGCAGGCAGACGCGGCGAUGGUGGUGGGGCCAGCGGACGCGGCGGCCGUGGCGGGGCCAGCGGACGUGGCGGGGCCAGCGGACGUGGCGGCCGUGGUGGGGCCAGCGGGCGUGGCGAUCGAGGCGGGGAUGGCGGGCGUGGCGGCCGUGGCAGGGCCAACGGACACGGCGGCCGAGGUGGCGGUCGAGCGGCUGGGCGUGGCGGUGGACGUGAAGGAGGAGCAGCUUGAAGCGGAGCACGCCAGGCUAGACUCGGAGAGGGCGCAGCUUGCAGCCGCCUGGCGUGCCUUCGAAUCCCGCCUCGCCGCGCAGCGCGCCGCGAACGAGGAGGAGCAGAACGCCGUGGAAGAGGAGCGGGAGGAGGCGGUCACGAGCCACGAGAUGGCGGCGGAGGCCCUUGAGGCCGACUUGACCUACUGGGAGGGCGAGACCGACCGGGCUCAUGCCGACCUCCAGCGUUGGGCAGCGGAGCUUCAGAGCAUCGAAGGAGACCUCCGACGCUGGGAGGAGGACAUUGCCCUCCGGGAGUUCGACGCCGAAAUCACGGCGGCGGACCUGGAAGCCCGGGAGGACUUGCUGUCCCACCGGGAGGGUGAGGCUGCUGAGGCGGCAGCCGCCGUCGCUGCCAAGGAGGAGCAGAACGCUAAGCACGAGGUGGAGCUGACCGCCCGAUUUAGAAUCGGAUUGGAUAUUGCAGAUAUGGACUCGAAUACAAAUUGUUUCAGAGUCAGAAUCGGAAAUGGAGUGGAGUCGGACGCAAGGUUAUGCAAGCAACAGUCUAUCAUGCUUGUUAGUGUUAGGGCUGUGUGA